AGACGACACAACCACCUCGUCCCAGCCGCCACGCUCACACGGACACGCCUGCCCCCAGCUUUCUUCCCGUUCAAACGCGCAGAAGCCCCGAUAGGCCCAGACACCAGUGCUCGAGGGCAACGAAAAAAAAAGCACACUCGAGAACCUCCCAAAACCCUCGUCACCCGCCGCCGUCGCCGCAAUGGACCGUGCCCCACCGCGCGGCGCGCCCCGCGACGCCGUCGGUCAGCGGUGGCUCGGCGUAUUCGCCUUCCAGGCCGCGCUCUCGACCGCCGCCUCGGCGCUCUACCUCACGGUGUUCUCGAGCGGCCGCCGCCACCCGCUCCUCGGCGUCCCCUCCGGCCUCCUCGUCGCGCUUGCUCCGUUCCUCGCCUGCGCUGCCACGGGGCCUCUCGCGCUCGCGUUCCUCCUCUCCGCGUCCCCGCACCCGCGGCCUCCCCCACUGCCGCGGCGCGCGCUAGCAACCUCCCUCCUCGCCGCGGCCGGCGCGCUCUCCGUGGGCGCCGCGGCGGCGAUGCUACCCGAGGACGCCGGGUGGGCGGCCGUCGCUGGGCUCGGGUUCCGAGGCGCCGUGCUUGGGACCAUCUUCGCCGCGCACUAUUUUGUCCGUCGGAGGUGGUUGCUCCAGUUCCCCGUCGUGCAGCGACCUCUAUUCUAUGGAUUAAAGAUGGGUCUCCUACCAUCUGGAAACAGGGCUCUAAAGUUAUCAAUCCAUGCCUUCUUGCUUUUCCAUUUCCUAGUUUUCUUUCUUCCCUGGCAAUUCAGAAAGGGAGGUUCUGUUGGAAGCCAAAUACUUACUGAAAUCAGUAUUUUAAUAGUGACUGCUGGUGUUUCCUUCUGUUUGGAAAUAAACUAUCAUUUUGUCCAGGUUGCACAUACAAGGAGGUGCAGUUUCGCUCCACCUCAGAGCACUGCCGCUGCAGAGACAAAUCCCACUGAAUUUAUUCUGGAAACUUUGGAACAAAGUGAUCCACAAUCAUUGAUACAAUAUCUUGCUUACCAAGAUUUGUGUGUGGUAUCUGAGUGUAACUUGGAACCGUGGCGCAGAGCUGCUUUCUUUGAGGAAUCUGGUGAAACUUAUAGAAGAAUUGUGACAGCUUGUUUGAAGCCACUUGAGGAGUUUACUUCAAAAAUUGCUGAAGCCCUUGAAGGUUUUUCUAGUGAUCAGCCAGAAUUGAUGCUACAACAGUCCAGACUCUUUAGUGCAUUUGAUGAUUCCCAGAUAUGCACAUGGUGUGCUAGGACACUGGCUGGAUUAACUGCACGCUCACGCAAGGAGGAUCGAUAUGGUGUUGCUCAACUGACUGGCUGCAAUGCCGCUGUGAUGACAACAUUGCUGUCUGCCCUAGUAGCAAUCGAGACAUGUUUAGGAAAGAAAACAAACCCACAGCCUGUGCGCUCACUGGGACCUGAAAACAUUAGGUGGACUAACCUCUCCACAGGACGAAAAGGCAAUGGAGUUGCAAUUGCAAGCACACAAAAAAGUGGCCUGCACAAGAAAGCUUAUAUCAUGGCAGAUGUUCUUCGGACUUCUGUUUAUCAUAUACUUUCAGCAUUCAUUGAUGACCUGCAAGCUAAUGCAAAACCAUCCAGCUUAGAGAACUGGAUCAGUGAAGGGAGAAAGCCUGUAUAUGGUUCACAAGCCGUGUUGGUUCAGAAGUUGAUUCUGUUUAUUGAGUACCGAGCUGUAUGAACUUGGUUCCAUGUCUCUCAGAUCCUUUGCCUGCACAUCAGAUCAUACUUGGAUGGAAGUGUUUAGUUCUCGAACUUGGUUGAAGAACCUUUGCUUUCCACCAGAGCCUAUAAAGAUGCAUCGUAAACUAACAGUUUCACCAGAGCCUAUAAAGAUGCAUCGUAAACUAACAGUUUCUCAAUAUGGACUUCUGGCUUCUGUAUUCCUGUGGGCUGGUGCACUGCGGAAGGCACCGCCGCUCAGGCCUUGUUUCUAGUCUGGUUAUCCACUCAGGCCUUCUAUUCUGACUUGUACUUUGAAAGUUGAAUAGAGUUACCUGUGUUGUAGCAUGGAGAUGGUAUGUGAAAGAUUUGCGAUUUUUGAUAUCCACGUACCAAAUAGAUUUAUGACACAGACUGUUAGUACUGUCUAACUACACCUUGGAACGAGGGGCAUAUUCAGGCCCUGUUUGGGAACAUAGUUUUUAAAAACCACAUUAUUAUGAUAUCAUGGUGUUUCAAUUGUCAUGCUGUAACCAUGAAUUGUAAUUUCAAUUGAACACCUGUUUGUAGACAGUA